AUGUCGACGGCUUACGAGGACGCAGAGCUGGAGCGAGAGCUAGCAGAGUUGGAGAAAGAGGACGAGAAUGAGUUCUACACUCUCCUCAACGUGGACGUGCGGGCCACGCCCGAGGAGAUCCGCUCGGCGUACCGCCGUCUCUGUCGUAUCUAUCACCCAGAUAGGCACCAGGAUCCCAGGAAGCAGCAGACGGCGAGCGUGUUCUUCCACCGGAUUCAGGAGGCGUACCGCGUCCUCAGCGACCCUCGGAAGAGGGCCAUCUACGACAGGAGCGGGAAGAAAGGCGUGGAGGCGGACAUGGCGCUCAUCGAGCGGACGACACUGCCCACAGAGCUCCUGGAGGAGUACGAGAAACUCAAGAAGCUGUGGGAGGAGCGGACGUACGUCCAGGAGGCCAACCCACAGGGCAGUUUCUCCAUGAAGAUUGACGCCAGUCGCCUACUGGAUGGAGCGAGCUCUCCUCAUCAGCCACUGGUGUUUGUCAGCAAGAUGUCAGCCUCGCAGUCUGUUGAUGCACAGAUCACUCGCUCUGCCUUCUCCACCGUGGGUGGAACAGUGGUGGCAGGCCCCAAGUACCUGCUGGGAGGUCUCCAGGUGUCCCUUCGCUACAUCCUCUCGUCACAGAACUGGGUCAAGGUUACAACUCUCCUGGGCAGUCUCCCAGCCCUGGCUCUGGAGACAUACCACAACAUCAGUGACUCCAUGUACCUCACCAGCAACACUCAGUGUUCUCUGACACCCCUGGGGCCCCUACUGAACAUGACGGGCUCAGCCACGCGACGACUGACCAACACCACCUCUGCAUCUCUCACUGUCAAAGAUACUGGGAACGCAGUGUCGGCAAAAAUGGCUCACCAGUUGUCUCAGACUGUGAACGUGGUGGGGGAGACGGAGGUGGGGUUUGACGCCUCUCGGGUGGAGGGGAGGGUCCACUAUAACCCAGACGGAGCUUAUCUCUACCAGAGUGGAGUGAGGAUCGGGACGGGGGGUGUGGCCAUGUUCUACGGAGUCGAGAAUGAAAUAACAAAGUUGACAAGGUUGGGAGGGAGGGUGUCGGUGGGCAGCGAGGGAGUUCAGCUAACACUGCGACUGGUGAGAGCUGGAAUGACAUUCACCACCAGUGUUACCGUCUCCAAAACACCUUCCAUUGGAGCUGUAUUCUAUGCCACAACAGUCCCCCUCUUCCUGUUCGGAGGGUUCAAAGUCCUCGCAAUUGCUCCCCUCCUGCGCCGGCAGAGACAGAGCGAAGUUGCAGAGCGUCGGGCAGAGAAAGCGAGAGAGAUGCUGGAGAGGAAGAAAGAGGCGGAGGCAGCGAUAGAGCUAAUGACAGAGACAGUUGAGAGGGUCCUGGUGACAGAGCGAGCCAGACAGGGGCUCAUCAUAGUGGAGGCAUGGUAUGGGAAGCUGUUUGAUCUGGACCCAGCCAGCGACGGACUGAGUCUCCCUAAAGUCAUCGACGUCCACGUGCCUCUCCAGUGCCUGGUGGUUGACUCGAAGCUCAUUCUGCGAGAGGAGAAUAAGGCCAUAAUCCCGGGGUUCUACGACCCCUGCAUCGGGGAGAGCAAGUAUCUGAGGGUUCGCUAUGAGUUCCGUGGGACCCCGCACGAGCUACGUCUGUUUGCAGGCGAUGCAGUCGUGGGAAAGACGGCUCUCGUCCAGAACUUUGUGAGCGACGGGACCAAGUUCCCCAAGAACUAUUCCAUGACAAUGGGGGUUGACAUACUGGUGAAAGCUGUCCACAUCCCUGACACACAGACUACAGUCGAACUAUAUAUCUAUGACACUGCAGGCAAAGAGGUGUUUGCUGACUUUGUCCCUGAAUAUUGGGAGAACCCAGGUCUAGUGAUGGUGGCGUAUGAUGUAAGUCAGGAGGAAUCGUUUGACAGCUGUGUCAAGUGGCUGGAGAGGGUCCGGGCCCAGAAACCUGCAGUGGAGGCCCAACUGCCAGGGGUGCUGGUGGCCUGCAAGUGUGACCUGGAAGCCAGGAGGGAGGUGAGUGAGGAGAGAGGGAGAGAGCUGGCUGCAAGUAAAGACCUCGUCUACUUUGAGACCUCAGCCGUAAGGGAACUUUUCAACACUUUUGACAUUUAUCCUUCUCUCCUUCGUUCUGCAGCGUGA